AUGAAGAGAAGAGUCUCGGAGCCAAAUCAGUUGGAACUUAAAGGGAGGCUUCUUGGGAAGAGAAAUGCAACAAGCCGAGAACUUGAUAGGCCAAUGGGUUUACCAUUUCUACAGAAGGCUGCAGAGGGCUGGUCAGAUUUUGAUGAGAGAGAACGCACCAUUGUAGAGGCACACAGAACAUUUGGUUGUUAUGGGGGUGCAGGAAGUAGGAGUAGCUCUAAUCCCUGUGUUCUCGAACCCAGAAAGUUAGUUAGAGUUAGUGCUCUCGUAGAAAAUAUCGUUGCAGAAAGAAGAUAUAUUGUGCUUGGAACAGGCUCCGUGCAACUCAUCAAUGCUGCCAUUAAUAGCCUUUCACCCACAAAUGCUUCAAAUCUAGCAAAAGUUGCAGCUGUUGCACCCUUUUGCAGUGGCUACAAAGUACAGAUCGAGUUUGUAACAUCUCUAAACUAUCCAGACACUCUUCUAGACGAGGUUGUUUUUAAAGGCAAGAAUGUAAAGAUGGUUUAUGAUCAUAUAUGCAAGCAUUUCGUCUUAGGGUUGUGAUUAUGGCUCCAUAGAAACCUUGGUAAGGUUCUAAAUGAACUAUCAAGAGGAAUUAGGGAUCUAAUGAAACUAUGCUUUGAACUAUUCGACUAUUAUGUCGUGAAUCGGAUCCUUGGUGAGCCUUACUGGGACCUAAAAGCCUAUGUACUAUGAAGAAAGAUAUAUAGCUUACUGGCCAUGUAAUAUCUUACGAAGUUGGAUAGGAAUUCCUCAUACCCCAAUUGAGUCGUACCUAAGGGAUGCUACGUGUAUGACCAAUAUCCUUUCUACAGCAAUAAGAUAUUUGCAAAAAUAUGAAUUUGUGUGCCUUCAUAU